GACUGCUGAUGCCACAGGACCAUUUGCUCCAACCUUGGUGGUGCAGGAUUAUUCGACACAUGGCUUGUAUGUUGUAGCAGGAUGCCCCAUAGAUUGAUCGAGUUGAAAUACUGGUUGAUAGGUCUGUUCAUGCUGCAACUGGCCGCUUUUUUACUAGUGAUUUGGGUGGCAGACAGGACAAACCUCUUUUACUUAAGGAUGAUUUCCUGCAUGCCAUGCAUGACUUUGUUCCAGUGGCAAUGCGUGACAUCACUAAACCGGCUGCUGAUGGUGGUCGGUCUGGUUGGGAGGAUGUUGGAGGUCUUAAUGACAUCCGGAAUGCUAUUAUAGAGAUGAUUGAGUUGCCAUCCAAAUUUCCAAAUAUAUUUGCACAAGCUCCUCUAAGGAUGCGGUCCAAUAUUCUGUUGUAUGGUCCCCCUGGUUGUGGCAAAACACACAUUGUUGGUGCUGCAGCUGCUGCAUGCUCACUAAGAUUUAUCUCAGUCAAAGGUCCUGAGCUGCUGAAUAAAUACAUUGGUGCUUCUGAGCAAGCUGUAAGUGAAUUUACAACUUUUCCACUUCUCCUAGUACAUUUCUAUUAUAGAAAAGGAAAGAUGGUCAACCAAGGGCGUAUAUGUCAUUUCAAAUGCAAAUUGAUUCCUUCUUGAUAUAUGUGGACCCCACAUUCCCUUGACCACAACACUCCCUUAAAAGUUUAAAUGUAGUGU